GCUGGUGCCAAGAACCUCGGCAACGGUGCUGGCCAACAGUUCAUCACCGGUAUUUGCCUGACUGACGCCGACUGCGCCUCCGGCUGCUGUGCCGGCCUCAACGGCGGUGCCGUCUGCUCCGGCGUCGGUGCCCAGUUCCAGAACGGCAAGACUGGCUGCGGAUUC